AUGAUGUCACCUACAACCUCCAGCCUUCCUCGCGCCAUGAUGGAAUUGGUGGGGAUCAUGCUCUUGAAGUUUCCUCCAUUCUUGCGCAUUUGGAUCAUCACCCUCGUGUCGUUUAACAUCGGAGGAAUCCUCCUCUUUCCGAGUGUCUUGGAGACAAAAGUCAUCUUUGCCGUCCUCAACAUGGGCGUUUUGCUCAUGACCUUUCUAUACCAGUACUACGGCGGAUUUACCAAGCUCUUGGGAUUGGCACACAUCUUCUGGCUCGCUCUCGUCCCAUGGCUCGCCUUUCGUCUGGCCACUGGAGCGGUAGUACCAGAGAGCUAUCUCAUGUUUUGGCUAGCAGGUGUGAUCACAGUCAACUCGAUUUCUCUACUCUUGGACAUUCGCGAUAUGUACCAGUACUUUUACGAGGGAAUGAUACAACCAGAACUUUACUGGAAGGACCAACCAACCACGAAGGCAGAGUAA